CCGCCCUAUACAGCUUUUCGCCCUCAUCCGGGCCCUGCUCGCAUCUCCCUCGCUACCAAACCUCGUCCGUCGGAUGGAGAUUACGUGCGGGAUCAGCCAGAGUCAAGCGCUGAGGCAAACGGAGCGAAGGCUCUUAGAUCUGUGUACGAGACCGAACUAUCUCGCGCUUGAGCUAGGAAAACUUCCCCCGUAUGAGCCUCCCCGGUUUCGGUCGCAUCGACAAGCCUCCAUCUCGGAUCCCCAAGUCGAGACUGCUUUCGAG